UUUCCCCUCCCCCGCCCCCUCCCCCACCUUGACGACGCCAACGACAAGCCCGGAUGGCUUCGUUUUUUGACGUCGUCGAGUGGGCGAGUGGGAACUUGGUGCGGAUUUGGCGCUGUUCCCCCACCAUCCCACCCAUCCAGCCCGUCCAUGGUCCUUGGAGUGUCCAUUUACCCCCGCUUACACGGAAGCUGUCGCGCGCAUUGUGUUCUAUUGGAUCGCGGUCUCUCCGUCAUCGGUAUGCCUUGCCCCGAGGUUAGGUAAAACCAGACGUGACCCCUCGCUCAUUUUCUUCCAGAUUGCUCUCGUUUCUUUGAUGUUUCUUCACGAUCUCUUCAGUUUCCCCUCAUACCUCUCAUACCCCUCAUAAUGUAAGAGCCUCCUGUGCCUCCCCAAGCUUCCAAUUGGGAACCAACAUCACUAACACGCCAACCUCUAGAUCUCACAAACCCUCAACACCACACACGUCACAACCAUGAAGCUCCUCUACCCCACCUCCCUCAAGCUCGACGUCGACAGCCUCCAGGGCUUCUCCGUCGACCUCGUCCCCUACGACGUCAAGACCACCAUCCCCGAGGAGCACACAGACGCCGAGAUCCUCGUCACCUGGACAAACUCCGCCGACAACCUCAAGGACGCCGCCGCCCGCCUCAAGAACAUCAAGUGGAUCCAGUCCCUCGCCGCCGGCCCCAACGACGUCCUCUCUGCCGGCUUCGACACCUCCAAGGUCACAGUCACCACCGGCUCGGGCCUCCACGACCACACCGUCGCAGAGCACGCCCUCGGCCUCCUCCUCAACGCCGCCCGCCGCUUCUACGAGAUGCGCGACUACCAGCUCCAGUCAAAGUGGCCCGGCCACCUCGGCGGCCCGCAGCCCGACCGCCCCGCGCACCACCCUCCGCGACGCCCGCGUGCUCAUCUGGGGCUUCGGCAACAUCGCCAAGUCGCUCACCCCGCACCUCCGCGGCCUCGGCGCCCAGGUCAAGGGCGUCGCGCGCAACGCCGGUAUCCGCGACGGCGUCGAGGUCUACGGCGAGGACAAGCUCGCCGAGCUCCUCCCCGAGACCGACGCCCUCGUCAUGAUCCUCCCCGGCUCCGAGUCCACCAAGAACGCGCUCAACGCCGCGCGCCUCAAGCAGCUGCCCAAGCACGCGUGGAUCGUCAACGUCGGCCGCGGCGUCCAUUGACGAUUGACGAGGAGGCGCUCGUGGACGCGCUCGAGGCCGGCGAGGUCGGCGGCGCGGCGCUGGACGUGUUUGUUACCGAGCCGUUGCCCGAGUCGAGCCGGUUGUGGAAGGCGCCGAAUGUCGUUGUCUCGCCGCAUGCUGCUGGCGGAAGGCCGCAGGGCGCGGAGGCGUUGAUUGCGUAUAACUUGAGGCGGUUCCGUGCUAGUCAGUCGUUGAAGAAUGUCAUCUGAGGUGUGGUGGCCUGUUUUUUGGAGUGGGAAAAAAUGGAUGGAGAGCGUGGUUUGGUGAAUAAUAGACAUGAUUGAUACAAUACUCAAUACAAAACGGCCUUCAUGAUUC